AUGUAUUUUUCUGCCUGGUGGUCUGCGGAUGGUAUCACUCUAGCCGGGGCACUGGAUUUGGAGAACAAUCCCAGGAAGGGAGCAGACGCAUGCUACGGCCUGAGCCCUGCGCAAAUGGUCACUUGGAUUCAAGAUUUCUCCGACACCUACGUGUCCAAGACCAGUCGGUAUCCGGUGAUAUACAUGACCAAAUCUUGGUGGGAACAGUGUACUGGUGACUCGGUUGCCUUUGGUAGCACCAAUCCCCUGUGGAUUGCCCAUCCAGGUACCUCUUUGGCAGGCCAUCUUCCUCAGGGCUGGAAGACUGCCACGUUUUGGCAAUAUGCUCUCUCCGGUUCUAAUCCUGGUGACCAAGAUUAUUUCAUAGGUGACUCGGCUGCCUUGAAGUCUUUUGCUCGUGGGUGA